CUUUAGGAAACUUGGAGAGUUUGUUUAUUCAUUCAGUUUUCAAAAUUCAAAAUUUGAAAUCACAUCACAUAGAGACAAAGAGAGAAAAUGUCGUCGGCGAAUAUGAAGGGUUAUUACAAGCAACAGAAGAAAACCCCCGCAACCACCAACAAACCACCGUCUAACUCCAAGAAACCUCCCAUUCACACUUCCAAUGUCCCCCAACCACCACCCGCCGUCGCAUCCCGCAACACCAAUCAAGAUCUCCAAGAAGAAAACGAGAAGAACGAGAAGAUGCUGCAACAAUUCGACAUGGAUACGAAGUACGGUCCUUGUAUUGGGAUGACGAGACUGGAACGCUGGGAACGAGCUGUGAAGUUUGGUAUGAACCCUCCUGAAGAAAUUGGGAAUCUCUUGAAGAUUGGGAAAGUUCAGAAAGAAUCUUUGUGGGACACUCGCAUUUAGAAAUGCUUAACUGUAAUCACUUUCUCACUUCAGACUUGUUUCUUUAGGUUUUCGUUAGGGAAAUCAGUUUCUGGCUGUGUUCCUUUCCCCUGUUACUGUUAGGGUUUCGUUAUGUGAAUUUGAGUAUUUUAGGGUUUUGUUUGUUAAGUGUUGAAUGUUGCUGAUUGACAUAGAUCUCUAUGUGUUUAACUUGUUUCAAUUUUAGAUUUAAAAAACUUGAUUUGUGAAA